CUCUUUGCCCGCACAGCGUCUUUUAACAUGGCAGGCGUGGAGAGGUUGUAGAGAAGGCGCACGCGUGUCGUUGAAAAGUAUCCUGCUUCUAAGGUGGGGUGAGAAAACCAUUUUCUCCUACUUUUUACCAUUGUUUGUACUGAGGACAUUAUGAGAAACCUGAAGUUGCUGAGAACACAGGAGUGCCAUGCCAGCCAGGUUUUUGGAAGUCCACAGGGUUUCUCUCUCCGUCUGAACCGAGGGACAUUAUUAAUCAGCUCAGAAUAUGGAAUUGUGGAACUGGAUCCUCUCACACAGGAGGUCACAAAUGAAAUUUCUCUGACAGCAGAGAGGUUUCUGCCAGAAGAUGGAAGUGGACGCAUUGUGGGAAUUGAGGAUUUGCCUGACCAAGAGUCGGUGUGUGUCGCUACAGCCACUGGAGAUGUUAUCCUGUGCAACCUGAACACAAAUCAGGUAGAGUGUGCCGGGAGUGUGGACAGUGGUCUAACAGUAAUGAGCUGGAGUCCAGACCAAGAGCUUGUUCUCCUGGCGACAGGUCAGCAGACACUCAUUUUGAUGACAAGGGAGUUUGAGCCGAUUAUGGAAAAUCAGAUUCACCAGGAUGACUUUGGAGAAGGGAAGUUUAUUACCGCCGGUUGGGGUAAAAAGGAGACCCAGUUUCAUGGAUCUGCAGGCAAGCAGGCAGCUUAUGCCAAGCCAGUGGAAGUCUCACCUGCUUUGCCCUGGGAUGAUCACAGACCUCGCAUAAACUGGAGAGGUGAUGGACAGUAUUUUGCAGUGAGCGCUGUUUGCCCAAAGACAGGGGCUCGGAAGAUCCGAGUGUGGAGCCGAGAAUUUGUUCUGCAGUCGACCAGUGAGCCUGUCCCUGGACUCGAGCAAGGCCUAGCUUGGAAGCCCUCUGGAAGCUUGAUAGCAUCCUCUCAAGAUAAAGCCAACAAACACGAUGUGGUGUUUUUUGAAAAAAAUGGGCUCCUUCAUGGGGAUUUCACACUUCCCUUUCAGAAAGGCCAAGUCAAGGUAAAUGAGCUGCUCUGGAAUUCAGACUCUACGAUAUUAGCCAUAUGGCUGGAAGAUCUGAAAAAUGAGAUUAACUCACAACCAAAGACAUAUGUUCAGCUGUGGACAACAGGAAACUAUCACUGGUACCUGAAGCAAAGCCUGCAUUUUGGCAGCUCAGAGGACGGCAGGAUUGUGUCUCUGUCAUGGGAUCCAGAGAUUCCAUAUCGACUUCACAUCCUUUGUCGCCAGUGGCUCUACCUUUGCUAUGACUGGCAGUGGAGUACGGACCGCAGUACUGGGGAAGGGGCAAAUGACUCAGCCGGGGUGGCAGUCAUUGACAGAGACAAGGUGCUCUUGACAACUUUUCGGCAUGCUGUGAUCCCGCCACCUCUUUGCACAUACCAGCUUCAACUUCCCAAUGCUGUCAAUCAAAUCGCCUUCCCUAUGAACCCUUCUACCAGUGGGGAUCUCGCUGUCCUGGAUGCAAGCAACACACUUUCCAUUUAUAGAUCCAAUGGCUGUGGUGAUAAACGCUCUCCUGCAGUUAAAAAUGGCACCAUGGGGGGAAGUGGAUUUAAAGAUUCCAUUGGGGUCCCUCAGCUGGAAAAGUCCUACAGAAUCAACAUAAACACCAGAGAAGAGAGAAACCCACUGUGGUUGCGUCUUGUUACCUGGGUGCAAGAUGACCUGUUCCUUGCUGCUAGCCAGGGGCCUAUCCCAGCCCAUACGAGCAUUCACCAUCUGAAGCUGUUCUCUGCCGAAGAAGCAGGUAUUGUUAUCAGCUCACCUGUGACUGUGGAUGGGGACAUCAUCAGCCUGUCUUGUAACCCCAAAACCAAUGUGGUAGCUCUGCAACUCUCCGAUGGUCGAGUAAUGAAGUACUUGUGGGCAGCUGAAACACCAACUGUCGUCCCUUGGCUGAGCAGCAGCGGUUCCGCUAUCCGCUUUCCCUCUCCAUGUAUGCAGAUUGUGCAGGCUGUGAUUGGUGGACAAGACACCAUCUUUGGCCUGACUGACAGAUGUCGUUUCUUCAUUAAUGAUACUGAGGCUGUUUCAAAUGUCACCUCUUUCAUCAUUCAUGAUGAGUUUCUCUUGGUGACCACCCAUUCCCACACCUGCCGAUGUCUGCCUCUGAAGAACACAUCUGUGAAAGCUCUACAAGCGGCUUUGGGCAACGCAUCCGUCCCCGACAAUGAGACCCUGCGCAAGAUUGAAAGAGGAUCCCGGAUAGUCACGAUUGUGCCGCAGGAUACCAAGCUGAUAUUGCAGGUACCAAGAGGAAACUUGGAAACGAUCCAUCAUCAGGCCCUUGUCCUGGCACAAGUACGGAAGUGGCUGGACAGGAUUCAGUUUAAAGAAGCUUUUGAAUGUAUGAGGAAGCUGCGAAUCAAUCUGAAUCUCCUUUAUGACCACAAUCCAAAGGUCUUCCUGGACAAUGUGGAAACCUUCAUCAAACAAGUAGAUUCUGUGAAUUAUAUCAACUUGUUUCUAACAGAACUGAAAGACGAAGACUUCACAAAGACUAUGUACCCGCCUCUAGAGCCCAGCAAUGCCCCUGAGCAGCUCAGAACUGAUGGUAAAAAGGUUGACCUCAUCUGUGAUGCAAUAAGAACAGCCAUGGAGAAGAUCAAUGCUUCCAAGUACUGCUUAUCAAUACUGACCUCACAUGUGAAAAAGAGCCCUCCAGAACUCGAAACUGCUCUGCAGAGGAUUCGUGAGCUUAGAGAGAAGUCUCCUGCAAAUACUGGAUCUGCUAGUGUGGAAGAAGCAUUGAGAUAUUUGCUGUACCUGGUGGAUGUUGGUGAAUUGUAUGAUCAUUCCCUGGGGACAUACGACUUUGAUUUAGUUCUCAUGGUCGCUGAGAAGUCUCAGAAGGAUCCUAAGGAAUAUCUCCCAUUUUUAAACCAGCUUAAGAAAAUGGAAAUCAAUUAUCAGCGAUACUCUAUAGACAAACAUUUGAAGAGGUACCCAAAAGCUCUCGGUCACCUAGCUAAAUGUGGGGCAGAGCAUUUUCCAGAGCUCCUGAACCUGGUGAAGGAUCAGAAUUUGUAUAAAGAAGCCCUGAAGCUGUACCUGCCAGACACUCAGGAGUACAAGACCAUUGGUGAUGCCUACGGGGAGUAUUUGAUCCAGAAGCAUCUCCCUGAAGAAGCAGGUUUGAUCUUCUUCCGCUGCGGUGCAUUUCAGAAAGCGCUGGACGCCUUUCGAAUCAGUGGGAACUGGAGGCAGGCCCUGUGUGCGGCAGCUGAGCUUCAUUACACAGAAGACAAGCUGGCUUGUUUGGCAAGGACCAUAGCAGGGAAAUGCAUUGAGAAAAGAAAGUUUGGGGAUGCAGCUGUACUCCUGGAACAAUAUGCCAAGGAUUACGAAGAGGCCAUCCUCAUCCUCUUGGAAGGAACCACCUGGGAGGAAGCAUUGAGAUUAAUUUACAAAUACAACAGACCUGAUAUUGUGGAGACCAACUUCAAGCCAUCUCUGCUAGAAGCCCAAAGAAAUCAUUUGGUGUUCCUGGAAACUCAGAAAGAGGCAUUUUCUCGCCACCAGAAACGCCUCUCUGUGGUCCGGAAGCUGAAGGAGCAAAUCCAAAACGAACUGCAGGAUCUGGAAUCUCCACACUGCCCCGAAUCAGACCUCUUUUCUGAUGCCAGCAGCAUGGUGACAGCCAGUGAAGCCAGUUCCAAAUAUUCCCACAGUAUCUCAAGAAUAUCUGCACGUUCUUCGAAAAACCGUCGCAAGGCAGAACGCAAGAAACACAGCCUGAAGGAAGGGAGCCCUCUAGAGGACGUGGCCCUCCUGGAGGCUUUAGGGGAAAUUGUUCGGAGUGUCGACGGUCUAAAAGGGGAAGUGCACAGCCUUUCAAAGUAUCUAAUCCUCUUUGGCUAUGAUGGACAAGCCCAGGAGCUGCAGCAAGCAUUUCAGGAGACCCUUCACUUGAUGGAGCACUCCCUUCCUGAAAUCUGGAGUCCAGAGCUGCAUCCAUUCCCACAUAGCCCAAUUUUGGGUCCCAGCUCGACUGCCAAUAGCAUUACGGCUGCCUACAAUCAACAAAAAUGGAUGUCUCCUGCAGUACAAGAUCCUGAACUCUUUAUGCCUCCAAAACUCAACAGAAGCAUCCAGUGGAAACUGAACUUUCUGUAAUAACCCCAGCUCCACAGCUGUUGGUGAAUUGUGAUGCAAUUCAACGUUCCACGUGUGCACACACACCACGUUGCCAUUGUUUGUAUGCAGGGCUUUUUUAAUAGUAGGAACUCCUUUGCCUAUUACGCCACACCCUCCUGAUGUGGCCAAUCCUCCUGGAGCUUAUAGUAGGCCCUGUACUAGGAGCCCCGUAAGCUCUUGGAAGAUUGGCUACAUCAGGGGUGUGUGGCCUAAUAUGCAAAGGAGUUCCUGCUGCAAAAGAAGUCCUGGUUGUAUGUCCUGAAGACAGAUAAAAAACAAACAGCUGUUGCCAUCAGGAUAUCUGACUGCAGACUUUAUUAUUCUCUAGCGCUCCUCAGAUGUACGACCUGGAUAAGCAGGUGCAUCUCUCAAGGCUGUGCCUGUCAAGUUAAACCAACAACUUCAUUUCCUUGAUUGUGUUCCAUUAUAUUGUUUCAGUACAGCAUUGGGGCUAGGUGGUUCCUUUUUCCCAUGUUGAAAAUAUAAAUUAAAAAUAUUUUUAAAGGUC